AAUAACAUUUUUAAAAUCUUUUUUUUCCCUUUUCUUAAACAGGAAGAACAACAACAAGUGGAAGAACAACAAGUGGAGCAGGAGCAAGAUCUGAUAGCUGAUAUCAGCCCCUGCCACUCCCUGGUAAGAAGGACAUAACCAAUGAGUAACAAAGAUUUAUUUUAUAAUAAUGUCUGCGGGUUGAACUUAUAAAAUAAAAUUUUCUCUGUUAAUUAGGAAACCGUCGAAAGACUUGAAGAGCCCCAAUGUGACACCUAUGAGGAACCAUCAGAAACCCCUGACGAUACCAACUGCCAGGAAAAACAAAAGCAAGAGCUGGAUCUGGGCAUGAACAACUGCCAGGAGAAUCAGCUUGAAGUAAAGUUCCCGACGCCCAGGACAUAUCUGCAAAUCCUGGAGCCAACAGGACAGGACAGCUACGGGAUGAAUUAUACCGGUUGGCACCGUAAAGAACAACUGGAUGUGUCCGUGACCAUCGUAAAGGACAUAGAGAAGAGAAAAGACAUCCUUCAAGAAGUGGAAGUCCUUGAACUUAUCAGAGGCCACGAAAACAUCAUUUGCUACUAUGGGGCUUAUUACCAACGUGCCUCUGUAAAGAAGCCCCACUAUGAAGGACUGUGGAUUUCUAUGGAGCGUUGGAAUGGUGUAGCGGUGGAAGAUCUAAUCUACACCAGUGAGCAGUACUCCUUGCAUGAAAGCUGGAUAGCGUACAUCUGCAAGGAGGUAUUAAAGGGCCUGUGUCAUCUGGAAAACAAAAAGGUCAUCCAUCACGACCUGCGGCCCCAGAACAUUAUCCUGACAACAUCGGCAGAUGUAAAGAUCAGUGAUUUCAGCUCCGCCACCAUCGGGGAAAUGAGUCACAGUACGUCUGGGCGGAUUCCAUACCUGGCGCCAGAAGUACUGGCCAAUUUUGGCAAGAAGACCAUAUGGUAUAACUCUAAGGCUGACAUAUGGUCCUUGGGAAUAUCAGCACUUCAAAUGGCGGAAGGCUAUUACCCAUUCAGCAGAUUUCCCCAGCAAAAACUCAUGAAACGCAUCAUGCACGGACCUGCGCCAGUAUUAUUGUGGGACAAAUGGUGAGUCAUUUCAACUGAAACAGGAAAAGAGGGAGAGGUAGAGAGGGUGGGGAAAUAAAGGGGAGAUGAUGGGGAAAUGAAAAGGUAAUGAGGGGAGGGGGUGGGAAUAUUAAAUGUGGGGAAACAAGCAAGGGAUUAGCUUUGGUGAGGGGUAUAUUAAGGUAUUCAGGGCACAUGGUUGUUUAUUUAACAUAAACAAUUUUAAUUUUGGCUUCUGUUUCUUUUUUCCAGGAGCGACAAUUUCCAUUCAUUCGUCGGCCAAUGCCUCCAGAAAGAUCCAGCUUGGAGGCCGUCUGCUGGAAAGCUCUUAUCACACCCCUUCAUUUGUAAGAUCUUUAAUGAAAGGGGUGUGAAGAGCAAUAUCAAAUGGCACCUGCAGUGAGAAGUAAGGGAACUGCUCAUUCUCAUUACAAUUCACUUGAUGUACAGACCAUAUCCACCUACUGCUCUUAUUCUUACUAUAGUCUCCAGCUUUACUACAUAUAUUAUAAUUCUGUAACUAAUGCCGCCCAUUAUAUAAGGCUGAGAUUGUAUUAGGGCAGAGGUCACUGAACUAGGCCACAUCUAUAGAGAAAUGUUAUUAUUAGUUGUA